GACUGUACAAGCAUCGAGUGCGACUCUGGUUGCCAUGACAGCAGACCGCUACCGUGUCAUCCUUCACCCAAUCCACUCCCUCCAUUCGCGGACAGUGACCCGAGCCAAUGUCAUCAACUUCGUUAUAUGGAUAGCGUCCUUUAUUCUCCACAUACCCGCCAUGCUACUGAUGGAGGUUCACAGCGGCCCCGUCCAGGGCGACAAGUUCUGCGGUGCGCGUGGCUUCAGUACCGGCAGCCAAGGUAACCAACAGAAGUGGCUCUACGCUUUCCGUGCCUAUCAAGUCUACGCCAAGUUGAUCCUCUAUAUCCUUCCCUUCGUGGUGAUGUCGUACUGUUACCUCCGCAUCCUGCGAACAGUCUGGAGCAGCUUCUACCUGGCGAGCAUGGCGUCGGAAGCGCAGCGGAAGAAGCGGUGGAAAGUGACGAGGAUGACGCUCCUGGUCGUCAUCCUUUUCGGCGUCUGUUGGGGCCCCAUCCACGCCAUCAACCUCGCGACGUCGUUCCAGAUCGAUGGCGAGGCCAUGCAGAGCGUCCACCUCAUGCACUUUACCUUCUUCUCUCUCUGCCUGGCAUAUUCCAACUCGGCUCUAAACCCGUUCCUCUACGCGUUCAGCGGGAGAAGCUACCGGGAGAUGCUCCUCUACUCGUUCCAGUCUCGAAAGACAAGGCGUAAGUGUUCGAGUGCGUUCACACGAGGGACUCGGCUAUACUCGCCGCAGCAAUCUCUGAACUCAGUAGAACCUAAUAAUUCACGGGUCAACAUCAGACCUAUUCUCAUCAGGAAGACAUUUCAGACGCUGCAAACGAACUCAUUAUGAACAUUGAUUCACCCUAAAGUUAAGAAACAUUUUUGAAAUCAUCGUUCACAAGGAUAUAUAUAUUUUUGAAUAUUCAUCUAUGCGAAACGUCGGUGUGAUUUAUUCAUAAAUGAAAGUUUACUUUUAUGGUACAUUAUUUUGUAUCUUAGUUAUUUCGAAAUUCCAAAGAAAUCUUGCGUGUUUUAUCAGCAGCUUUGAGUGAUAUUUAUUCACCAUCUAUCAAGAAUUAUUUUCUGGGAAUUAUUAUGUAUGCCUUUCCUCAAGCUCAAUAAGCAAUUAUUGAAAUAGCGAAGCGCGGGCUGA